AUGACAGACUCUGUUAACUCUGAUGAUUCUGAUCUGGAAAUCAUAGAGGUGACUGAGCCUACUCCAAAAGUGGACCUUUUGGCCCCCAAUCCAGCAUUUAAUUUUACUGCCCCCAUAAGCAACAGUAACGGCACAACUCCAAUAAGGAGAAAACUUGAUGACCAAUCCAACUCCAAUUCUUUUGCCAGACUGGAAUCGUUACGGGAAUCAUCAGUGAAACCACAAGCUAGUACGUUCAAUAGUAGUAGGUUCAUCCCCCAAGCCGACCAAUUUUCCAAUAAUCAGAAUAAUGAACUUGAUAACAACAAUGGAUUCGCCGACUGGAUUUCUAAGUCCCAACCUGAAUUUCCCUUUCCACUUAAUGAUGGACCAAAAAAGUCCAGCAAUCAACCUACAAACUCAAAUUUUGAAGAGAUCAUCGAUUUAACUGAAGAUAUCGAGAUAAAUACAUCUGUCCCCGCAUCUACAUCAUCUUCUACCCCAGUUCCCUCCAGCACACAGAAUCAGAGCCAUCAUAUAGCCAACAACAACACAGCACAAGAUGCGCAUAUCUUCCAAGGGAAACGACCUCUCCAAUCAUAUUCAGAUGAUGAAGACGAAGAUUUGCAAAUUGUAGGAUCCAAUAUUGUUCAGCAGCCUCUAGGAAUUAUGCCAGGAACUUUCAACGCCCCUGCAAACAUACUCCAUUUUGACGGUUCAAACCAGAAUGAACAAGCCAGAUGGCUGGACUUGCGGAUAAAAGAUUUGUUAGAUAAUCUUCACAAUCUUCGAGUUCAUGCUCAGUCGAAUAUUAUGGAGAUCAAUAGGUUCAUUUCCACUUUGGGGCAUUUAAACAGAGAAGUUUCAGAGCUCAAUCUAAGAUAUCAAUCUAUCGUGAACAAUCCUCAGGCGACCGCUAAUAAUCAAGGAUACCUCACUCAGCUUUUGAACAGGAUUCAGGAGCUUACUAAUGAAAAAGCGCACAUAUUUAGAGAGAUGGAUACAUCCAAGAUAAAACAGCAGGAGAUUCACAGAAGAAUCCAUGCUCUCUCGUCAACAAUUGACAAACUGAAAAAAGAUCGUGAACUUAUCUUUCGAAAUGCUCAAAAUGCUUUUCACGGUGAUAUGAAGAAUGAAGUUUUGGAAGGCCAGUCUUUCAUGGAUGCAAUUCAUAGGGCAAAUAGCUUGGGUUAUGCUUCAAAUAUUUAUUCUCGUUCUGAUGAAGACGCUGGAAGCUUACAACGGCUUCUUGAAAAUAUCCAGCCCGAUAUGGAGGACAAAGACGAUGAUGAAUUGGCUAAAACUCCGAAGGAGUUCAAUAUUCAACUGCUGAAGCAUCAGAGAGUUGGGUUAGAUUGGCUACUUCGGAUGGAGAAGUCAACCAACAAAGGAGGCAUUUUAGCAGAUGCCAUGGGCCUGGGAAAAACCAUCCAGGCUAUUAGUAUUAUUUACGCAAACAAAUGGAAAACACAAGAAGAAGCCGAAGAGGAGGCAAAACUUGAAGAGAAGGUUAGAUCCGAAAAGUCUACAUCAGAAACGAAUGGAGAGGUCAGCAAAACGUCAACGGCAAAGUCGGAAAAGAAACCCAUCCAAGGAGACGAAGGAUAUUUCAAAACUACGUUAAUAAUAGCACCAGUUUCUCUUCUACAUCAGUGGGAGUCUGAAAUCUUGUUAAAGACGAAACCAGAAUACAGGCUAAAAGUUUUCAUUUAUCACAAGCAAAAAAUGUCCUCGUUUGAAGAGCUCCAACAGUAUGAUAUAGUAUUAACAUCGUAUGGAACUCUGUCUUCUCAAAUGAAGAAGCAUUUUGAAGAGGCAAUUAAGGAGGCAGACCUACAGCCCAACUCUUCAUCCAUACCAGCAGAAGACUCUGGAGGCAUAUCUUUCAAGUCACCAUUUUUUGCAAAAGAAACAAAGUUUCUUCGAGUCAUUCUAGACGAAGCCCAUAAGAUCAAAGGAAAAAAUACAAUCACUUCGAAGGCAGUCGCUUUGGUGAAGUCUAAAUACAGAUGGUGUUUAACGGGCACACCGCUACAAAAUAAAAUUGAAGAACUAUGGCCUCUACUUCGAUUCUUGAGAAUUAAGCCAUAUUAUGAUGAAAAGCGAUUUAGAACUGGCAUAGUAUUACCUAUAAAGAGUUCCAUGUCAGGCAAAUAUGAUUCCACAGACAAGAAGAUUGCUAUGAGGAAACUUCAUGCCCUACUUAAAGCAAUCUUGUUGAAACGAAACAAAGAUUCGAAGAUUGAUGGAGAGCCCAUUCUCAAGUUACCCAAGAAGCAUAUCAUUGACACAUUCAUAGAAAUGGAAGCAAAAGAGUUAGACUUUUACAAGGAUCUGGAAGGACAGACAGCCAAAAAAGCCGAAAAGAUGCUAAACGCUGGAAAGGGACAAGGAAAUCAUUAUUCUGGUAUUCUUAUCUUGCUAUUGAGACUGAGACAAACUUGUUGCCACCAUUUCCUCGUGAAGUUAUCUGAGAUGAAGCAAGAAGCCAAAUUGAAACAGGAAGUUGCUACCAAGAUGCCACAAUUGGCCACACAACUAUCUCCUGCUGUGGUAAGGAGAAUUAACAUUGAAGCAGAGGCCGGAUUUACGUGUCCUAUAUGUUUGGAUAACAUCAUAAAUGAGAAUGCUUGUAUAUUAUACAAAUGUGGACAUGUUGUUUGUCAAGAUUGCAAAGACGAUUUCUUCACCAAUUAUCAAGAGAAUGAAACUGAUGACGGUCUUAGAGUGUCCAAAUGUGUGACCUGUCGUUUGCCUGUCAACGAAAGCAAUGUAAUCAGUUUCCCAGUCUACGACAAGAUUGUGAACCAGCAUAUUUCAGUGAUGGAUAUAGUUAAAAGUGAGUCUCCAGUGUUGUCAAAAAUUGAAAUGAUUCAACAACUGAUCCGGGAGAACAAAGGCGUCUUCGAAUCGUCUGCCAAGAUCGAUAAAGCAGUGGAAAUGAUACAAGAGUUACUGAGAGACAAUCCAGGGGAGAAGAUCAUAGUUUUUAGUCAAUUCACAACUCUCUUCGAUGUCAUAGAGGUAAUACUCAAAGAGAACAACAUUAAAUUCAUUAGAUAUGACGGGUCAAUGUCUCUUAGCAAUAGAGAUGCUGCCAUUCAAGAGUUUUAUGAGAGUACGGAGAAAAACGUAAUGCUUCUUUCUUUGAAAGCAGGGAACGUGGGGUUGACAUUGACUUGCGCCUCCCGUGUCAUAAUAAUGGACCCAUUUUGGAACCCAUAUGUGGAAGACCAGGCCAUGGAUAGAGCCCAUAGAAUUGGCCAGUUAAGAGAAGUUUUCGUCUAUCGAAUGUUGAUCAAGAACACCGUCGAAGAUAGAAUUUUGACCAUUCAAAAUACGAAAAGAGAAAUAGUUGAAAACGCUCUGGAUAACCAGAGUUUGAAUACGAUAUCCAAGCUUGGCAGGAACGAGUUGGCUUUCUUAUUUGGUAUCGGCAAUUGA